UGGUGGAGGAUAGCAGGUUGCAUUUCUUGUUUGGUACAUUUCUUUCUGUGUUAGAAAAUUUACCGCAGAAAGAAACGUACAAAAACGAAAAUGGCAAGAGAGGGAAAAGUCGUCGGCUGUCACACCUUUGAAGCCUGGAACGAUGAACUCUGCAGAGGAAACGAAGCGAAAAGAUUGAUGGUUGUGGACUUCACUGCUUCAUGGUGCGGUCCCUGUCGAUUGAUGGCUCCAUUCUUUGCCGAGUUGGCAAGGAAGUUACCCAGUGUUAUGUUUCUCAGGGUGGAUGUGGAUGAACUGCCUUCUGUGGCUGCAGAUUGGGGCGUAGAGGGAAUGCCAACAUUCAUGUUCUUAAAGGAAGGCAGGAUUUUGGGCACUGUUGUUGGGGCCAAGAAAGAUGAGUUGCAGCAGCUUCUUGCCAAGCACAUGAUGAACACUACUACUACUACCACUGCACCUUCAUCUCUCAAGAUUAUGCACUCUUAUUAUUAGAUUAGAUUCGACCUCAAAUUGCCCGCACAGGCAACUCAGCUGAUUCCUGGGUGUUAUUCUUAGAAAACCCAGAAUUCUUAAUCCAAAUAAAACUUUUUCCUGGGAUUCCCUGGAUUGGAUAGUGUUGUUUGUUGAGAUAAAUGCCCAGUGCAUAUAAUGGAUCAUGUUACUGUUAUUCAUA